CGCGCACGCGUAAACGCGAUCGGCGCAUCAGGCCUGCGACACAGGAGGAGAGCGCGCUGCGCGGUGCGGUAGUGCGGCCGUGUUGUUGGUUCGAUCGCUGCAGUGCCCUAUCGCUCGAUUCCCCUAUGUUCUAGCUCUUGCCGGACGUUGUCGCACCUCGUUCCGGAACGCAACCCGGCGACUGACACGUCCCUUCGGCAGGAAGCUCCGUUUAAAAGAGAAACAAGGCUUUCGCGCUAAGAGGGCUUGGCUCCAAGCGCUUCGAGCUCGGAAGGCAAGGCCAGCGGCGGGCGAGUAGCUUCGUGCUUUCGAGGGGCAAGCGCAGGGAAUGCAUUGUCGCGAUCCCGCACUGCUGUCGAUGCGUCGUGCUCAGCCCACAGGCCAGCCUGACAGGUUCGCAAAGCGCGUCGUGCUGCACCGAAAGCUGUUGCCGCUCGAUGUCUUCGACGGGAGACUGCUGCUAAAGCUCGACGAAACCGCCUGGCAGCCUCUUCGAGAACCACUGGUGUGCCCGCCCCUCCUCUGGUCUAGCGCGGCAGACAAGGCUUCACAUGUCCGCUGCAGCGCCACUGUCGUAGUUGAGAUCUGAGCAGGCGUCGUGCCGGAGGAGCGAAGUGCCGACACUACUAGCGAGCUCGGGAGGAGCGGAAGCAGAGAUGAUGGCGACAGCGGAAGAGCACGCGGAUCUGGAACUGCACCCGCUAGGCAUCGACGACAUCCGGAGCAACCCCAACGCUCCGCGCGACUGUGAUGACAACGGGCAUGGUGAGGCCAAUGGACCGGGCGCGCCCUCGGCUAUCUUCUCGGUGGCCAUGGGUCUCAAGCGCAAGAAGGUGGUCAGUGACCCCGUCCGAAGCCCUCGCAAGAAGCUUGAAGAGGUUCCGCGGCCCCUGAGCCCGUCUCAACUGGCCGUUCUGAAGUGGAAGCGUGCGGCCCGUCAAGCGCUGCACAUGGAAGACCCCUGGGCCAUGUUUCACCUGGAGCGAUUCAAGGCGGAACGUGUGCGCCGCUACCGCUACAAUGCCCUCAACAAGGCCUGGCUCGAGGAUGAGGCCCUGGUCAAGAUGGCUCCCGAUCCCUUUGGAAGAGGAGCCAUGCGAGAGUGCUUUCGAAUGAAGAAGUUGUCCAGCUUUGCGCCAGCCCAGAACUGGGCGCAUGCAUCCAACUACGUGGCCAAGCGGUAUUUGGAACCCGUGGACCGCAGCACCUACUUUGACGAUGUCCGGCUGCAGAUGGAUGCCAAGCUCUGGGCCGAGGAGUUCAACCGACAUAAUCCACCAAAGAAGGUGGACAUAUUCCAGGUGUCGAUCAUCGAAUUUGUGGAGCGGCCAGGCAGUCCGCUGUACCACAUGGAGCACUUUAUUGAAGGCAGUUACAUCAAGUACAACUCCAAUUCUGGCUUUAUCAGCUCCCAGGCCACAAGGCUCACCCCACACGCAUUCAGCCACUUCACAUUCGAGCGUUCAGGUCACGAGCUGCUCGUCGUGGACAUCCAGGGAGUGGGCGACCUCUACACCGACCCACAGAUUCACACGGCGCACGGCUCCGAGUACGGCGACGGCAACCUGGGCGUGCGCGGCAUGGCGCUCUUCUUCAGGUCUCACACCUGCAACUGCGUGUGCACGGGCCUCGGUCUCACCCCUUUUGACCUUGCGCCCAGCGAAACCCUGGUCGGCGCGCCGGCCUCUGCCAUUGCCCAAGGGGCCAAGACACGGCUGCGCGGACAUGAGGAGCUGUGCGUGGGCAUGUCAGAGUACGAGCGGCAGCAUCUGGCCGAGGCCCUUGGUCCCCCAAGGCAGCGAGUCCGCACCUACAGCAGCCCUUGCGAUUUGUCGCACGAGGUGGGCCACCGGGACUAUGAUUCCAUCUCAGUGCUGCAGCAACAGGACAGUGGCUUCCGCAGCCUUAGCAGCGGCAGCGAGGACACCCUGGAAGACUACUCGCACGACCUGGAGCUUGGCAGCGACUCCGAGGACACGGAGACCCUGCAGCAUCAGAUCACCAACGGCCACCAGCAUUUGAACGGCGACCCGGCAAGCGCCGUGCCCGCUCGCCUGCGGCGGCGUCAGCGCUACGACUCCGAGAGUAGCACCAUCGGAGAUGAGCACGAGCGGGCGGAGUUCCAGCGUCUGGUGGCGCAGAACGCCCGUCCUUCUUCGGUGCUGGAUGAGGUGAAGCUGCGGCAGCUGGUUCGCCAGCAGCAGGGACGGCCCAGAAACGAAUCGCAACGUUCGGUGCUUGGGCAGAUCCACCUAGAGAUGGCCAAGUGCCACGAGAACGGCCGCUUUGGCGACACCACUCACCCGGAGGGCAAAUACGACCAGGCCGCAGCCGUUUUUCACCUGGAACAGGCGGCUCGUUGUGGCGUACUGGAGGCUUUGCUGGUGCUGGCCAAGGUUCACCUGGGGCUGCCCCACGAUCUUCUUGAGGACUGGACACUACCAGAGUCUGAUGAGAACACAUCCAAAGGUGUGGAGUACCUGGAACAAGCGGCGAGGGCCGGAGACAGGGGUUCCAUGAUUGCCCUGGCCAAGGCACUGGACACGGGCGAGGGCCUCGGCACUCAAAGACAACGCAGCUGGCAGGACGCCGUGCUGUGGUACAACAUGGCAGUGACCACGACAGACAACGACGAAGGUGGCGAGUACGACGGCUGCAUGGACGACCCCCCGUACCUGUUGUUGGCGAGGCAGGCCGAGCUCUACCUGCAGGGAGGCUACGGCCUGGAGAGGGACCCAGCGACAGCCGGGGAGCUGUACCAGGAAGCAGCGGCGGCAGCCACAGCUGCCAUGAAAGGGCGACUGGCCAACAAAUACUUCCAGCUGGCCGAAGAUGCCCAACAGGAAGCCUGCUGAAGAGCUAGUCUCUCACGACCAAACUAGUAGGCACAAGCACGUCGUGUCUCGUUCAGGAAUUUCACCCGGUGUACCUCCGGUGCCACCGUGUUCAAAUGAUUCUCAAGUCGCAUUUUCGGGUUUGUUGUCAUUACUGUCUUUUCUUUUUCUUUUCAGAUGUGCACUGGUGCCGGUGCUUUCAUAUUUCGUUUCAGCGUGCCAGUUCCUAAGGGAUGCUGCGUAAUGUUCUUCAUCGAUUCUGCCAUCGUCUAUUUUCUAUAUUUUGCCAAACAGGCGCUGGUGCUACGUUCUUCCGUUUCAAAAGCUCGAUGGUGUUGCGCCAAAUCAAGGGCAAAUGCAAUUUUCUUUUGAAGGAAAAACACGAUUUUUGUGUUGUGAUUUAUGACUGGGAAGAGCCACGUUUCUAAGCAGUAGCAGGUGUCUAUACGCCGACUGCCAGCCUUGCCGCGCACCUUUUUGUAGCAAGCGUGAAUCGCUCGUGAACGAGGGAAGUGGUGGGCUUGCUAAUGUUUUCCUUUGUUUGUCAGUACAAGCGCAUCUGUUUUUUUUUUUUUUUUGUGCAAAUCUUGUUGAUGUUUUGUUCUGGAGGCUUCUUUCAAGGAGGUUUUCGGCGUCCUUGGCAUCAUGCAGUUCGUUGUUUGCAGCUGAAUAGUGACUAGAUAUGUGGCACCCUCUCGCUCUCGUUUUUUUGUUUUUUUCAUGUAUUCCUGUUAGAAUGAGUUGGUAGUCAUUAGCCUCGGUCAAGCAGAGCUUUUGGCGGCAUUGUGAUGUGUUGAGAGCUAGUAAGACCUAGCCUCCCGACCGCCAAUCCUCACAUGCUAGCCACUUCUUUUUACUUCCUUUCUUUGCAUGGAGGGUAGGUGGAUUUGUGAACAGUCUACAUUUUGUUCACCGUGAACCUCGUGUUUUUAUUUUUUGUUCAAAGAUGAAUCGAAACUCCUUUUUUUUUUGCAUAUGUAUGUACAAAGCAACAAAAAGAAAUGCAAGUUGAAGAUCUCUUCCUAGUGUGGUGUAGUGUGGUUGUAAGGCACCAACAACCUAUAAUGUUUGGAUGAGUUUGAAUGUGGCUGAUUAACAAAGAGUGUGGAGUUGUUUGUUCGUAAACUGUUAACCAAAACUGGUGAAUGUUGUUGAAUAUUGUGUAGAGUAAUAUUUUUUCUUUACUUUUUUUGGGAAACACACAGUCUAUGUGCACAAUCCUAAAAUGUGGCAGUAGUGGACCCCCCUUGAGGCAAAUGUUGAAGGAACCUAGCAUGCUGAAGGUAUCUGCUAUUUCAAAACCAAGCUUUUGAAGAGUUUAUCCAGUAGGAGAGUCUGCCAUAGUUGUGAUGACCGCUAUGUGAUAUAUCCAAGAGUAGUCACCGUAAAUUAGUCAAUGAGAUUGUUAGUUUUGGUUUAGUUUGUAACCGUGCUUCGUCUUGUCAGUGCUAGUUCGUAGAUGCCGUUUCCACACAGUAGGCACCAUCAUAUCUGUGGUAUGUUUGAGCAUUGUAUUUGGCAAGUGGAGGUUUCUUGUGGAAUGUGUUGCCGAUAUUAUGUUUAUGUAUUGCUUUGCAAAUCAUAAGUGCUCAACAGGUGACUGCAGAGUCGCUUCCGCUUUGCAAGCACUGUCGGAUUGCAAGUGUAUGCUUUUUUGUGACGUCUUGCGAUCGUGGGAUUCGUGCACUUAUUGCAUUAUAUGUAAAGUACUAUUUUCAAUUCUUGCAAAAUUAAGCAACCAAACGCUUGCGAUGCUCAAGCGUGCCCAAUAAAUUGCAGUGAACAAGAACGCAUAUUUUUGGUUUAUACAUUUCCUUUUCUUUUUUUUUGUCUUGUUUACUACCCUAAUUAGAGGUACACGACUGUCAUGUUGAGUGAAAUUCAUUGUAAGGCCUCUUUUAGCAAGAAAAAUUGCUUGCGAGCAACAGUAUGAAACUCUGUUCAAAAGUGGUUACCAAUUUUGCUGUGAAGCAUUAUGUUACUGUUACCAUGAGCUGCUCGCAGUUUCCACUUGCAUACGGAUAAGCGUGUGUGGUUGCAGAGGCCAUGACCACUGGUGUUAUCGAAGGAACAGCCUGGAACAUUCGAGAGAACACUAAAUAUAUUGCUGCUCAACCAUGCAAGUUGUCGGACCGAGUCAUUGGUUAACAACACUAUGGCUUCUAUAGACUACGGACAACGCUGUGGACUGUAGUUCUUGCAUCAAUGACAGAACGAGAGGAAAGUCUUUCGAGAUAGAGGAAGUCCAAGAUGACCACUUGAACAUGUGGACCUUCUUCGAAAUCUAUCAAGGAAAAGCAAAGCUAUCUUGUUCACUUGCAUAGCGCGCAAAAAAGAACUGGAACAGUGCGGACGUAGUGCUGCAUCCGUGUAGUCCAUCUUGGUUCAUGUUUUUGUGCACUAUAAGAGCUAAUAUCAACUCUUUCAAGCAACAUUGUCCUUCAUGGGUAUCUUGCAGCUAAAACUUGAGCUCAUUUAUAAUUGUGUGGCUAUAGUCAAAGGCUUGAAUAUUAGCAACAUUUACCCCCCAGACACUCUCUCCAACAUGUCCGACCGUUGAGAUUGUGCAAUGUUGCUCGUCCCUGUUAUGAAACUGCGAACGCCAAGGUGUCUGCAACCAAGGCAGGAUUAGAAUGCACCGCCACACUGUCAUGAUGGUGUCAUAAAAAAAAUGGAAAGGAAAUGCCUUCUUGUUCGACACUGCAUAUGCGUGCCACGGGUAACUAGUGGUGCUCUGUGUGCAUGUUGAACAUACACUAUUUUUGAAAAACUUCUAGCAAUGUGUGUUGAUGUAUUCAAGCUGUUGCAAUAGUAUAUAUAUACUCCGUUACAGCACCUCAUAGAUUCUAGUUUGUUAAGAGGACAAGUCUGCAAAAAUUCUUUGUGCAAAAGUUCUUUGUGCAUAGAUGCAUUUUUCUCUGUGCCUCUGGUUACGGGUUUGAGCUCCAAAGAGUACCAGCUUCUUCUGGGCUUUAGUGGUGAGCUGGCCGAGGGCGAUGUCGGGGUUGCGAUUUCUUCUGGUGUCGCUUGGCCAAGGAAAUGCUUGCCAUUAUGUUGAGAUUGUCUUGUUGCUGUUGUUCUCUUUCCCACUUCAUGCACAUAUUGUUCUCUACAUGUCAUGCAAUGUGCCCGAAUAAAGCAUGUUGCUACGAGAU